GAGAGACUGCAGCAUCAUUUGAGGGACGCUCACAUGCAGUGCAGUAGAACGUGCAGGUGAGGGGAGGAGGAGGCGCGUGGACUGAGAAUGCGGGACUUGGAAAAGACGCAUUUAUCUCGGAACACUUCGCUCAUGUAUACACAGGCUCUGCCGGAAUUAAUGUUGUUUGUUUGUUUUUCGUGAUCCUGAACUCAAACAUACCACAAGGCGUUUUGUAUUUUUCUGCCCUGAGAACUCCCUUGGAAAAGCACUGUUAUUCAACUUAACCGUGAGGGAAUCUAGCCGCUUGGCACUACUUGACUGCGGGAAAGCUUUGACAUAUCCCUUCCGCUGUGUUAAAAGGUAAGCGGGCAACCUACCAUGAAAGCAUUCUAACAAUCCUUAAUAUAUCCUAUUUUUAAGGAAAUGAGGAAAUUCGCUAGAUAGCCCACUUCGGUGUCCCGAAGCUGAAGUCGCGGACAGUUCUCUUUUGUGUUCUGCUGCAUUGCAGUUUGAAAGACUGAAAACGAAAGACAAACUGGCAUCAGUCGAAUCCAAAUGAAGCCAAAUAAGUAAGGAGAAGUGCAUUAUAUGAUUUUUUUUGCGUGGGUCUUCUAAAAUUACUGUACAUUUCGCUGGACUGAAAGAGUCAAGUGGAUAUAUUACAGGUAAAUGGAUGGACCUCUCGUCCUUAAAAGGAAUUUUAAUUUCAUUACAUUGCGAACGUGACUGGGAAACUAAAGAACUGUGAAAGCCAACAAAGGAAAACAGUCGGAAAGAUUACUAAAAGAUUUUUCGCAGCUUAUCCGCCAGUUCAGUUAUUAUCGGUGGUGUGUGAGGAGACAGCAUCCGUUCCGGGCAAGCGGAAACUGCAGCGGGGGAGACCGUAACAGAGGUAUAGAGAGAGCCAUGAGGAGCAGGAGCCUUGGCGCAGUGCUCUCCGCGCGCUGCUGCUGCUACCUCGUGCUCCUCCUGCAGCUGCUGACUCAGCUACCCCGAGCCAACUCAGCGCUGCGAUACCGCGUGGCUGAAGAGGGGCCCGCUGAUGUGCGGAUUGGAAACGUUGCAGCGGACCUGGGGUUAUCCUCAUCUGGUAUCGGUACCGGAGACGUGACCUUUGCGCUGGAGUCAGGCUCAGAGUACUUCAAAAUUGACAAUGUGACUGGGGAGCUAUCAACUACAGUUCGCCGGAUCGACCGUGAGCGCCUGCCACAGUGUCAGAUGAUUUUUGAUGAGAAUGAGUGCUUCUUGGAUUUUGAAGUCUCUGUCAUUGGGCCAUUGCAGAGCUGGGUGGACCUGUUUGAGGGACGUGUAGUCAUCACUGACAUCAAUGACAACACCCCCUCCUUUCCUUCCCCUGUCCUUACCCUCUCUGUGGAGGAGAACCGGCCGAUCGGCACUCUGUAUCUCCUGCCCACCGCCACAGACCGUGACUUUGGACGCAACGGCAUUGACCGCUAUGAGCUCAUCCAGGAUGGUGCGGGAUCCUCAGCUCCAUCUACCUCUUCUUCCCUGCGGCGCCCUGGAGGAGGGGGACCUAUGGGACGAGCAGACAGUGGAGACCGUAGAAGAGGAGGACCUGACCCCAUGAUGGCAGGACAAGUGGCAGGUGGAGGAAGUGGCGGAAGAAGCAGCGUAUUUGAGUUGCAGGUGGCUGACACACCUGAUGGCGAGAAGCAGCCUCAGCUUAUUGUCAAAGGCCCGCUGGAUCGCGAGGCGCGUGACUCCUACGAGCUCGUGCUACGCGUACGAGAUGGCGGCAACCCGCCCCGCUCCUCACAGGCUCUUCUCCGUGUGGCCAUCACUGAUGUCAAUGACAACAGCCCACGAUUUGACAGGGCUGUGUAUGAGGCCGAGAUGGCAGAGAACACGCCACCUGGCACACCUGUGCUACAGGUGCGUGCCACAGACCGUGACGUGGGCGUCAAUGGCCAGGUGGAGUAUGUGUUUGGUGCAGCCACUGAGUCUGUAAGGCGUCUGCUGCGCCUGGAUGAAGCCACUGGUUGGCUCAGUGUCCUCCACCGAAUCGACCGUGAAGAUGUGGCCCAGCUGCGUUUCACAGUCACAGCCCGGGACCGCGGUCAGCCACCUCGCACCGAUCGCACCUCUGUGGUGCUCAAUGUCCGCGACGAGAACGACAAUGUGCCUGUGGUAGAGAUCCGCAAGAUUGGGCGCAUCCCAGUGCGGGAUGGGUCUGCUAUGGUCCCCGAAAAUGUCCUGGUUGACACACCUGUUGCCUUGGUGCAGGUUUCUGACCGGGACCAAGGGGAAAACGGAGCAGUGACCUGCACUGUAGUGGGAGAUGUGCCUUUCACCCUCAAACCAGCGGGCGAGACAGCCCUGGCCCCUCCACCAGCCACUGAUGAGGCUUUUGACAGGAACCGUAAGAAGUACUUCCUACACACAUCUGCUCUGCUAGACUAUGAAACAACACGCGAGUACAGUGUGACCAUUGUUGCAGUGGAUUCUGGGAGCCCCAGUCUCUCCAGCAACAGUUCACUGAUGGUGCGAGUGGUGGACAUCAAUGACCACGCACCCACCUUUGCCCAGAACCUGAUUGAGGUGCACUUUGCAGAGAACAACGCCCCAGGUGAGAGGGUGGUCACUGUAGUGGCAGCGGAUGCGGACAGCGGCAAAAACGCUGAGAUUGCAUACUCCCUGGACCCUUCGGUUAAUGGGGCAUUCUACAUCGAUGCAGAUAAUGGGGACAUUCGUGCCACGGGGGCACUAGACCGUGAGGUGAGGGAGCGCUUUGAGUUCCGGGUGAUCGCGCGGGACAAAGGGGCCCCAUCUUUGCAGGGCUCAGCUACUGUGGUGGUGCAGGUGACUGAUCGAAAUGACAACCCACCCAAGUUCGUCCAGGAGGUCUUCACCUUUUACGUCAAGGAGAACCUUCUGGCCAACAGCCCCGUUGGCAUGGUGACGGUCACAGAUGCUGAUGAGGGCGAGAACGCUGAGCUGAGCCUGUUUGUGGAGGACGAUGAGGCCGAUGCCGAAGACAGCGAAGCCAGUGGGCGGAGGGAUGAGGUGUUCUCCAUUGAGAACAACACAGGCACUAUCUUCUCCUCCGCCUCGUUUGACCGCGAGCGCCGCAAUUCCUACACCUUUCGUGUGCGUGCAGUCGACGGUGGUGAUCCCCCUCUCUCAGCUACUGCCACCGUGUCCCUCUUUGUUACAGACGAAAACGACAACCCCCCCUCCAUCACUGCGCCGUCCAAUGAGUCCUAUGCCCUCCUGUCCCCCGCCAGCAGCGCCAGGACUGUUGUGCGCACUGUGGAUGCCUCUGACAGGGACACAGGCUCGAACGCUGACCUCCGCUUCGCCCUGGUCGGGGGCAACCCUUUCCGCUUGUUCGAGAUUGGCCCCACCAGCGGGGUGAUCACCCUGACGGAGCCCCUGGAGAGGAGGCACCGUGGCCUGCACCGGCUGGUGGUGCGAGUUAACGACAGCGGCGUGCCUUCUCUCUGCACUACUGCACUGGUGCAUGUCUUCAUCAACGAGAGCCUGGCAAAUGCCACUGUGGUGGAUGCCCAGGUGGCUCGCAGCCUGGCAGCACCUUUGUCUUUGGACAUCGCCGGUGACCCGGACAGUGAGCGGGCCCUGGGCAAGCAGCGCUUGAGUGUGGCCAUCGGUGUGCUGGCAGGGGCGGCCGCCGUCAUCCUGGUCAUCCUGCUGGUGGUGACAGCGCGCCAGUGUGGCGCCCAGGGCAAGAACGGCUACGAAGCCGGCAAGCCCGAGGAGGACCUGUUCAGCCCACCUGCCUCGGCCCAGUCACAGGCCGACAAGCGGAGCGGUACAGGGGAGCACGGGCGCAAGCCCCGGCGGGACAAGCGUUCCACCGGCACCUCUGUCAAGUCCGAGCGCUCGCUCUACAGCGGCAUCGUCACGGUGAACGGCUGCAGCGGCGGAGGCCGGCACAAUGACGAUGAUGAGGAGGAGGACAGCACCAGCACCAGCGAGCGCAUCGCGGCGCGUUACUGUGCUGCAGAUGGAGACCCCAGCAGCCCCCGGCUGGGCACCGCCCGCCGACACCACCACCAGUCCAGCCCAGACCUGGCACGCCACUACAAGUCCAGCUCCCCGCUGCCCGCCGUACACCUGCAUCCACACUCGCCCCCUGCAGAGGGCAAGAAGCACCAAGCCGUUCAGGAGCUGCCGCCCACCAACACCUUCACGGGCAACAACGGGGCCAGCUCUUGCAGCGCCAACGCAGACGCCAUGUCGCUGGGCUCGGACCAGUGCUCUGACUACGGCUGCCAGACUGCCAACAAGUAUGGCAAACAGCAGACACUGCGGCGUGUUACCUUCUCGGUGGUGAGCCAGCCCCAGGACCCGGGCUGCUACGACAGUGGCCUAGAGGACUCGGAGACGCCCAGCAGCAAGAGCUCGUCAGGCCCGCGGCUCGGGGCGCUGCCCCUGCCAGAGGACGGCUAUGAGAGGACCACUCCGGAGGGCAGCGUGGGUGAGGAGGAGCACGUGGAGAACGACCCGAGACAGCUGCCCGAUGUGGCUCUGACAGGGAAGUGCACGCGAGAGUGUGACGAGUUUGGCCACUCCGACACCUGCUGGAUGCCCGUGCAGGUCUCACCUCGGAGGCAUCCUGGUAACGAGCCGCACUGCCUGUCUACCUUUGCCUCGCCCGCCGGCAUGGGGGUCGGUGGUGACAGCAACAACAACAACGAAGACGGCGAAGAUAGCGAACCAGACGCGGACGACGAAGACGGAGAGGGCUCCGAGCGAGGAGGUUCGAGAGGGAGGAGGCAAGGCCAGCGCAGGCACGUCCGGGACUCUCUGGCCAAUGGAGACCCACUGGGAGACCGCAACAGCAACGUCGGCGACCACAACCGCAACCUGCUUAACCGCAAGAUGACCUCGGCCUCCUACGACACGUUCAGCAGUGCCGGGUUCGGGCGCAGCCGGCUGGAGGAGGAGGAGCAGCGCACCCCAGAGGUCAUCCCACUCACUCGGACCGGCGGCGACUACAAGACCACCUCCUGUCUCACUCUCUCACGCAGAGAGGUGUACCUGUGAGCCCACAAGAGCAACAGAGAAAGAAAGGAAGGCAGAGAUAGAGAGAGUGGAAGAGAGACAAUGAAAAACACAAAAAUGGAAUGGUAGAGAGAGAGAGAAGGUCCACUAACAUUGAUUUCCUUCAAAUUUGUAGGACCCUUAAAAAAAAAUCCAAACGGGUGACACACCUGUCAAAACAGACAUAGCCCUUAUGCCAAAUAAAUAGUAAAUGAAAUGAAAACUUAGAAAACCAUCCAUUUUCACUGUCUGAAUGCAGUUGUUCAUCAAAAAUGACUGGGGAAUCCUGUCUGUAACCCCCAGCUGUGUGUCGUGAGGAUAAUGUACUGCUCCGUCCACCCCUGAACAAAUGCGCUAAUCCCCUGCUUGUCCACUGUUGGAAAUGCAGUGGAGUCUGUCAAGCAUAUCAUCAUUCCAUGUGUUAUUGGACAACAGGGCAUUAUAAAAUGCCACCUGUAAGACCUAACCUGUCUCUAAAAUGGGGGGGUUCACCUCUGAGCAGACACUAUGUUCUUUCAGAAAAGAGACCGUUCCACAUUUUCCUAGAAAUGGUGACAGUUGUCCUACACUUUUUUCCCCCUUUUAAACUCAAUGCAGUGAGGCGUAUUCACGCUUGUAUAGUUUCUUUCAUGUGUCUUAUUCUUCUUACUCCAACACACUCCACACAUGCACACACACACGCACACAUUUCUUAUAUGUGAACAAAUAGAUGCAUGUUAAUGGUCAUACCCUCAUCGUGCAGACAUGUACAAACACACACACAGCUCUUUGUGUGUAAGGUGUAUGUUCCUGUGUGCUCAAGCCAAUGCCGUCCAACAUUGCUUUUAAGAUCAGUACUGUAGCUAUAGCAUUUUGCCUGCUUUAACUCGACCAGUUUAUAUAUAAAAAUAUGUAAAACAUUUAAACAUAUUUGAAUACCUAAUCAUUCUAACAGUACUCCUGGAAAGGCAUUCAGAUGACUUUGUAGGUACAUCUAUACUAUAAUGUAUACAAGGAACCAACAGCAUUCCUUUCUAGUAGAGACCAUAGAUAAACCAAAUCUGUACAAUAUACACUGCAUGAUAAUAAGCAAAUGCUUAUUUGGUUAAGGAAAAAACAAAAGAUUUUUGUGAGGGGUGGGGGUGGGGGGACUAAGCCUCUCUUUAUGUAUGUGUGUGUGUGGCACUGAAUUAUGAGCCAGGCGAUGGUGGUGUGUAAAAUCUCCUUCACAAACUGGACAGAGAGUGGCGGAGAGCAACCUUUGAUCUUGAGGCGAAUGCUGGAUCAACCCAUGUAAAGAGCCUAGGCAGCUUUCAAGGAUUAAAUUGCUGCAUUCAAUGCACGACAAUGGUUUAAAUGGCCGACACUGCUCAGACCUUAUCUACAACUCUCAGGUAUCACGAGUCUGUUUGUGAGUUUUGUCAGUGGUGACCCACUUCUCCCAUGUGCUCUUAAUGCCACAAGGGAGGUUGCUCUCCCUCCCUGUCCAUGGGUAACUUCCUGGCCAGAAGAGGGUGCCCUUUUUGACACUCUUUUCCUCACUCUUCCCCACUCUCACCCAAGCGGACCUUCCCCUCUUCCUCGUCCUCCACCUCUAGCUAGCCAGAUCUUGAAACCCCCCCACACUGUAAUGUGAAUGAAAUGGGAUCCAGAUUCACCAAAGAUUUUAGCAUGUUUUUGUUUUCUUUCCAGUUUUUGUUAAUUUCCUUUUCAUUUACCUAAACACCACUACUUGCACACUAUCUUGACUCUUUGUUGUACAGUUCUCACAUGGAGAAGAGACUCUCGAGUCUCUGUUUGUUUUUUUCUUUUUUUAUUGAAAGCCAUGCUAAAACCCUUUGUGAAUCGAAACCUGCACCAUCGUACUGUCUUCACGGAGCAGCCUUCCUUCCUAAGGCUGGGGACUCCAGUCCGGUCCAGCCAUGCCAAACCCCCACCGGCUCUUCCAGCUCUCCUGCAAACUUAAGGACCCACAGACUUAUUCAGGAGCGCUGGUGCUUCAGUGCCUGGACACAACAACAACAACAACAACAACAACAACAACAACAACAACAACAAUAAGAACAAAACAAAACAAGACAAGAAAAACUGAUUGAUGUAGUAUUCUUUAAAAAAAAAAGAACACAGCUCUAAUAAUGAUGCAGUCUCAAUAGGAAUUAAAUUCCGCAUGAACUGAACCUGACAUUUUUUCCGUGGAGAGACUUGCUCCCGUUCUGCUCUGCAUAUUUUGUCUGUUUUUGGUAAACAGCAGAUUCUUUGGCUAUAUAAUAACUGCUGUUUUAAUGCAGUCUGUAAGUAUUACUGUACAUUUUGCGAGGGAGGGAGGAUCUGAUCUGUGAACACAAGGGGGCAUCAAUGUGUGCUUAUGUGUGUGAAUGAACGCGAGACUCUACUUUUUUUCUACUGCAUGCUAUACCAACAAUUUCCAUUCACAUAUACCAGUUCCCAUUCCGAUGUUUGGAGGAGGGUUAGAAAAGGGCUGAUAACCAAUUUUCAUUUAGACGCACACACAUGCACACAAACUCUCUCUCUUCACACACACACAUACACACACACACACACAGACGCACACACAAUCACACAUUUUUGUACGGCAAAGUCAUACCUUUUUCUGCCCACUCCUCCCAUUUAUCCUCACCUGCCAUAUUAGAACUACCUUGUAGAGAGAUGAAAACUUUAACCAGAAAGGCAUGCUAAAAAGGUCUUCAGUCCUGCACUUAUAAUAAUUAAUAUUUUUUUUUUCUUUUUUCAGUUUUUAUGCUCAUGUGAGAGACUUUGUUACUCUCUUAGUGUAAUUAUGAGACAAAUCGCAUUUGAUAUGAGGGAAAGAAGAGGGUAAUGAAAGGUUUGGUAUGUUACCUGUACAAGUUUGACUUUGACAUUAAAACUCCUGCAAACCUC